AUGAGUGAUCAGGAAGAUAACAAAGAAAUGAAAAAAAGAAUUAAGGAACCGAAACGCAAGAAAACCUCGAAAGUGGAACCGAACGACAAAAAACCAGCCAAAAAGGAUAAGGCUUUGAAGACAUACCAUUUCCAACUCAAACCGAUGGUGCAUCAGUUGAUUGGUAAUCCUAAUCGAACGUAUCAGUGGCGCCAUCAGCAUGAUAAUAUUCUCCAGCUCCCACUUCAACCGAAUGUCAUAGAUGCGGACACUCUACUCACUUACUUCGAAUGUAAACGUCCGUAUAUCACAGAUUUCGCGGUACCACUCCAUAAGACCCCCGGGACUGGACCAACGUGUCCGGAUUUGAUGCUACGGGCGCUAAGCGUGAAGGAAAACUACCAUCGCGAGUUGCAAUCGUUGGAAGCCAAGUACCACCGCACGGUAUCGAAUUAUCCGCUAGAUCCGAACGCCGACGAGAGUGUGCAGUACUCGGCUGCCGUCAUUUACACCGCCUUGCUUGAGAAAGAUCCCGAUCGCUUUCUGAUAACGAACACGGGUUACGAUUACUAUUUCACGGGCGGUGCCAUGGCAACGGUGGGCCCCAUCGUAGGAGACGGCGUUAAAGGAACAUUGGCAACCAUGUUCAAGGCUGUCGGUGAAAGCUUGGAGGACGUUGAGGUGUUGUGGCUAGGCAGUUUGGCGGCAGAAUCGGCUCGAUCGGAAAGUCUAGAGGUGCUUCAGGUGCAACCCUGCUCGACGGAAAUUCCCGGCCCAAUCCUAGAAAUCGUCACCGACGAAAGUGGAACAUUUGUGCUCGUUCGGAAGCGAAACAACAUCGUAGUGCUCCGAGGGAAGCCAGCCGAAGAUGCUGCAGCCCCAGCAAUGGUAUGGCGACCGGUGGCACAGAUCUUUUCGUCAAUUUCUCUUGCAAGUGUUUGCAUCGUCAGCGUGGCAUCAUGCGGAUUGUCGAGUGAAAAUCUUACGCUCUGCGUGACGGACUACCGUCGAAAGCUGCAGCUCUGGACGACGCAUACAGAUCAAGACGACCAAAGGUGCAUAGACGUAGUCAAGCUGCCUAACAAGCACUUGCGAUCAAUGGAAUCCACUGUACGUUUGACGAAUGUGAAGGAAGAUAACUGGUCGGCGGUGAGAUGCAUGAACCAAGGCACCCUGGUGGUGUGUCUCGAUCGGCUGAAACUUCAUCUCUACGCAGUUCAAAGGAACCCCUCAACUAAGUCGCCUGUAAGGGACGAAUGCAUCGACACAAAACCGCUCGAUGAGCUGCAGCUGGUGUACAGCGGUGGUGGAGAUUUCUCAAAAUGGAUUCUAGAAUGCGAGCGAUGUUGCGCCCUUGAGAUUGUCCCAGCUGAGAGCCUCCUUUUGGUGGCCACCUGGCACAAGCUACUGAUCGUGAAGCUGACCGACACGAGCUGUAGCGGAUCUAAACCAACGAAACAAACGAGCAUUUUUAGCGUUAAUGUAUUGCUGGUGUUUGCUCAUCACCUUCAACAGCACCCCGUGUUCAUAAGCCAUCAAUCGUUCGAGUCCAAAUGUAGCGAUCAACAACAUUUCGUGCUCGUAGCCAGCCAUCUGCCCAUGAGCUAUGGUUUGAUUUGCUUCAACAAAUCCUACGGUUCAGCGUCUUCCAGCAGUGGGCAUCACCAGUCGUCUGAUGAACCCACGCAAUAUAACGCCCGGCUCUACCCCUACCACCCGAAGACGUUUCACGAAACUUACCGAUUAGCCCAGACCAAAGGACACUGCCUGUCGGCGUACGAACCGCUGCGAACACGCUUCUACGCGUGUCAAUCCGGUGCCGUUCUAUUGCGUGGAGCGCACGGGACGCGUACGGAGCUCCAUAUGCACGUCCUACUGCAAACGUCGGCCGGAGAUCUGGUGCGCCAACACGUGUCCUUCAGUGUGGACAAAACCGGCAAACCAAUCGACGUCCGGGAAGAUAAAGCGCUGGAUCAACUGGAGCGUGACGUCGCGGUGGAGACACUGCGCCAGUGGCACGAGACGCUUGUCAAGGAAGUGCGUAGGGUACCGUACCGUGCUACCGACUUCAGGACGAUGGAAAAGUUCCGCAACAUUUUAAACUGUCCGAUCGCUGCGUGCGAACUUAAGAAGUCAAUAUUUUUGCCUCCCAUUAACAAGAACAUGAAAAAGCAAUGGGCGCCCGGGCCGAACAACAACACCGACGGUGGUGAUGUGGGUGAGGAACCAAACGAAGAAGCGGACGACGAUGCUUUAGACGACCGGGCAUCGUUCCAGUCCAUGUCGUCAUCCCGCUCCUCCGAGAUAAAAGCGAGUACCCCACGUCCCUGGCAACAAACGGUAGAUGAGUUGAAGCAGUACCGCGACCUGCUAGCUCCGGCCAUGCUGAAAGUCUGGCUGGCUGGCAAUUAUGUGGCCGAUUCUGUCGAGCAAAUACCGACCAAAUUGCCACCGUACGCGAACGCUCACGAGCGGGUUGAGAGCUGGGUGAAUGCCGCCAAUGGGCCGCCAAUGCCGUUCGAGACAGAGGAAACAAAUGAUGCUGCUUCGGGCCAGAACAUGCAGAGCGAAUAUGACGAACCGUGCAUGAAGAAACCUAAAACAAUGCCAACUCCCGUAGAGGAGCAACUUACACAGGCGUCAACCGCAACGCAUCCGAUCUUCGAUUCCCAGUUGUCCCAUGAAUCGAAACAGAAGCCCAUCUCGAAACGACCAACGAGGAAGUCGUUUAUGAAAGGGUUCUGA